CGGAGGACACAGCUGGAGACAGGCUGUCACCAACAAAGUCCCACUCACCAAUUCCUUCCCUUCCUUCCCCCCUCUCCUCUCUCUCUCUCUCUCUUUCUCCCAAUCAAAUCAAUUACAAUUAGGGUUUGCUGAUCCCCUUCCUCUUCUUCCCCUCACCGCAUCGUCUUCCUCUUCACUGGAUCAAUAUUCCUCCCGCUGUGCUUGAAUUGGAUAAUCAACCUUAAAGCUAUAUGUUCUGAGGUUGAUGUGUUACGUAUAAUCUUGUUACUGUUCUGAGCGUAUGGAGGGGUGAUACCUGAUUGAUCUGGGAUGUUGCGUAGUAAUCUAUUCUGAUUGAUUAUGCAUAUCUGGAAUGAGUUCAAUGGUCAUAUUCUUUUAUUAAUACUGUGAACUGUGCUUUAUACUUUAGUACUGGAAAGAAGGUACAACCACCAGAGGAUUUCCUGUAUCCAUGCUGUCAGAGAGCAUGCGUGGAAUCUGUACAUCGGGUAAUGCCCCUGUCGAGAUUUUCUGCCGAGGCAUUCGGUGUGGUGACGAUAUGUUUAGUAGCCAUCUUGAUUCUUCUUGGGUUGAUGUGCAUUGCUUACUCAUUUUACUUCCGCUCUCGUAUUCAUAGUCAAGGUUUGGUUCAGCUCAAUUAUUUUAGUGGUCCUUGGAUCAUCAGAAUCACAUUCAUCCUAUUUUCAAUCUGGUGGGGCAUUGGUGAAAUUUUGCGAUUAUCUUUGUUAAGGAGUACCUUUCACUUAAAAUGGCCGGACACUGUCUGCAAGUGCUAUAUUGUAUCAAAUAUGGGAUUUGCAGAACCGUGCCUCUUCCUCACACUUGUAUUUCUCCUUCGUGCACCUUUACAGAAUUUGGAGACUGGAAUUAUGAGCAGAAAAUGGAAUGUGAAAACAUCGGGAUAUAUUCUUCUUUACUGCCUUCCAAUGUUUGUUCUUCAGCUUUUUGUUAUUUUGGUUGGACCUCAGUUAGACAAGAAUAAGGGUUCUGGAAAAAUGUUGCCUCAUUAUUUUUCAAGUGCAGUGGUUGCCCCUGGGGAGAAUGAUACCAUCCUCUGUACUUACCCUUUACUCAGCACUAUUCUCCUUGGCCUUUUUGCCAUUAUCCUGACUUCCUACCUUUUUUGGCUUGGUAGUCGGAUUUUGAAAUUAGUUAUUAACAAGGGUUUGCAGAAGAGGGUUUACACAUUGCUAUUCUCAGUUUCAUGUUUCCUUCCAUUAAGGGUUCUUUUUCUUGGUUUAUCUGUUUUAUCAGGACCUGGGCAUUUUAUGUUUGAAGCCUUUGUUUUCUUGGCUUUUCUUGCACUAGUAUGUUGUGCUGGCUUGUGCAUGUGCACACUUGUUUACCGUCCAGUUGCAGAUUGCUUAGCGCUGGGAAAUCUACAAGACUUGGAAGCCUGGAGGCUUAAUGAUGAUCAUAAUGAUACUGUGUCUCUCAUUGCUAAUCAGAGUCUUCUGGAAGAAAAUGCUCGGUCUAGUCCUGGUAGAUAUUCUGAUGCAUCGACAAAGCGUGGAUCAAUUUCAUUUCGGACAUUGGAGAAGGGGGUUUCAUCAACUGGAACAUUUGUAGAACUAAGCCUCUUCUCUCCCAGCCGCAGUGCAACCCCUCCAGGAUCGCCUCCUCUUCUAGGUUGGCCUAUGCGAUCCCCAACACAAGUUAUUGGACCAUAGAGGCAGGCGGGAAACUGAAUAUGUUGGGUGAAUAUCAAUUUUGUGGAAAAAGGGAAAAAAACUGAUUGUAAAGGAUUUAGCUUCAAUAAGGCGUAUUUUUUUCUUAAUUUUUGUUAUGUUUGCUAAUUCUAGGUAUAAUGUUUUUGCCCUGGAAUUAUUGUGAGUACCUUUUUACAUUUCUGUACCAACUUGAUAACGUUUUACCUGUUUCUAAUUUUGUACUUGAAAUGUUGGAAUACUCUUACUUGAAGUCAUUGAGUUACGACUAA